AACAAGUUUCUUCUUAUGCAAUAACAAAAACACCCUUCCCCUCACAUCUACACUUGAAUUCCAAACCCAUUUAAAUUAAAUUCCGUUGCUUAAUUCGCAAGUGUGCAGACCUAAAAUCAAAAAUCAUGGAAGAUACUUUCAGAGUCCGUGUAGAGAAAGCCUUCGGUUCUCUCCCAAUUCCUUCUUCCGCCUCUCUCUGGUCUCUCUCCGAAGACGAAAUCAACGACAAACCUAAACCCAAACCCAAUCCCAAAUCCCAACCCAAACCCUACCCUUCUUCUUCCCCUCUCGAACCUGAACUGGACAACGACCUCAACGACCUCGACGAAGAUGAAAGCGCCGCUCCAUCUAAGCCCUCUGAUAAGCCAUCCGAUUACGAUGAGGAACAGUGGCAGGUUAAAUCCGGUAUCGGUCUCGAUUGCACCCUCGAUUUUGAGGAAGAGGAAGAUCAUUAUGACAAACAAGCUUUGGGCCAAGAUGACAUGGGGGAUCGUCUGUAUAUGAGUGCUAUAAAUGAAGAUGGAAUUGGGAUUAGUUCUCGUGCUUUCGGAGGUUUUUCGAGAGACCCGCGAGCGAAUCACAUGGCUGCUAAGAUUAAGCUGAAGCAGGAUGAAGAAAAAGCAAAUGGAAUUGAUGUCAAAUCUACUACACCUGACAUUGGUAUUGGUGGUGGAGGUGGCGGCGGUGGUGGGGUUGAUUCUGUUAAUGUUAACCCUAAGUCGAUUUUGAAGAGUAAAGAUAAUACUUCGGAGUCUAGGCCAAAUAAACGUGUUCGGUUUGAUUCUGAAUGUGUUGAUAGAGAUGGUGAUGGUGAUGGUGAUGAUGAUGAGAAGGAAGGAACCAGGGAUGUUCGCAUGAAGAGCUCUUCAAUGGAAGAGGAUGCGGCUUUAAAUCAGCCAUCGAAGUUGCAGGAAUUUGCUUCAGCAGUUCCCGAUUAUAUUCGCAAUCCUUCGAGAUACACACAUUAUACUUUUGAUUCUUCGACUGACAUUGAUGACAAAGCAAAUAAGGAGGCAUACUUGAGCUUCCUUGCACAGAUAAAAGGUUCAAAUGCAUCCUCACAGGCAGAUGAAGCGUUGGAUGAUCUUCCAUCUGUUACCUUUAUACCGAAGAAGAAAUCUGGUGAUGUUACUAUGGGAGAGAAUGAGACAGUGUUCAAGCUAAAGCUUGAUGUUGAAAAGGAUUGCGUGAAUAAAAAAGCCUUCCCUGUUAGCAUAGCUGCUGCUGACGAAACUGAAAACAGUGAUGUAUGUGCAAUGGAGGAGGAUGAACAGGAAGUUAGCGAGGAUACUAAAAGAAGCUCUCAGAAGUCAAACCGCAAGUACAGGAAGAAAACCGAUGAGGAGCUGGAGGAGACUGUUGUUUAACUGUAGAAUGAGUUCCUAGAUUUGUAACAUGUUUGGAGUUGUUGCUGUCCCAUAGCUCACCCGCCACAGUGAAACUCCCGCCUCUCGAAAGUGUAGUUUCCAACUUAGUACGUGGUGCCACCACAGUUUCCUUCAUUUCCCAGUACUACUAGCUUACAUAAUUUGCUAUAAUCAGAUUUCUCACUAGUUAAUUUUUCUCAAACUUUUGUGGAAAGACAUCAGGUGCCUGGAUUUUGACUUGGAAAGUUAUGUAGUUGCUGUAACUGAUGCAGGUUAAGCAUAAUUGUUAGAAUGUAGAUUUUGGAAUUUA